ACCGAGUUCGGCGCGGGCAACAUGGCCCACGGGGCCGUUCUCUGUGCCGACGGCGACUCCGGGCACGUGCACGGGGGCUGCCACUCGAGCCCCUUCAAGGUGGUAAUGGUGCAGACCUUCUCCAGAGGGAAAUAUGAUUCCCGAGCCCGCGCCCAUGUCUACUCGUCGGAGGCCGGCAUGUGGGGCAACCUCGUCUCGGCGCCGGAACGAUUAGAAGGCGGUUAUGUCGAUUUCUGCCGCCCUUCCGUCCUCGCUGGCAAUUCCAUUUACUGGUGGAUCCAUGGCUCCUAUGACAUGGAGAUACUUGAGUUCGAUAUAUUGGUAGGCAGAGCCUAGCCGUGACCCAAAAACUUCCUGUUAGAGAUAUCCAGAAAUCGAAAGCUUUCAUUCACAUCAUCCAGGCAGUGGAUGGCAGUGUUGGCUUCGCCAUGUUGUCGUACCCAAGCCUCGAAAUGUGGGACCUGAAAGUCGAUUGCGAUGGUGGCGCCACAUGGUUUCCGCGGAACACCAUGAAUCUCGAGCUCAUGCCAAAUACGAGGGCUGCGGAAGCUGCUAUAGUCGGGUAUGUGGAGGAUGACGAUGCAAUUCUUAUAAAGUUCAACAACGACGUCUUCAUGGUUCAACUUGAGACAAUGGAGUCAAGGAAACUUUGCGAAAGCAUUGUGAGGCACCAAUACCAUCCUUUCACAAGUUUGUAUUCUUCAGGGGAGUUUGGUCGCUGCAGAGGUCUGGAUAGCAUGCCGAGCCCAGCAGAUCCUGCCAUCCCGACGAGCAUAGCAGCUCCACCAGUCAUCAAGGCACCAGAGCAACAGGCUUGGACAUUCCAGCAUGUACCAAGGAAGCGUAGGAGUUGAUGGUGAGUUUGGUACUGUGAUGCCUGUCGAGUUCGCUGGCUUAGAAGAGCGGAGUCACUACUACACGGCGGAUGCAUCAGAACAACACCGUUUCAGCUUCUUGGAGAAUUGUCGAUAUCUUCACAGUAGGAUGAUAUAAUGUACUAGUAUGAUCCUCCCACACACGCAUUUUUCUUCUUCUCUCGGAGCCCUCCCCUCACUAUUUGCUUCUCCAUUAACAAUACUGAACUAUCCUAUAUGGUCUAGUGGUAGACACCUUG